AUGGAAAAUCAUGAACCCAGACGCUGGUCAUAUUUCCAGAAGUUGGCACAAGAAGGGUUUGAUAAAAAAGAUGUUUCUCUUAUUGACCAGGAUCUUGGUUUUCCGUCUGUGAUUGGAAAUGAUGUGGAAGGAGAUAGUAGAUCUUAUCAUCUCACACCAUUAAUAGCAGCUGGAGUUUCAAUGGUCCAUGUGGAUUCUCAGCCUAAAUUUGCGGAAGACAUUCAAAAAGACUUGCCUGGAAUGACUCAAGCUGAAACAACAGUUCUGCAUUCUAAUUAUGAUCAACUCCAAGUGAAGGACACCGAAAGUAUGCAGUUUGAGGGAAUGAUGGAAAACAUAAGAGCGCAAAAUUCGGAGUAUGAGGAGGGGAAUUUUGCAAGCAGAAAAGCUGGUUUGCCUCCUUUAGAUCCUUCUCUGGGAGAUUUUGAUAUCAGUACCUUGCAGUUGAUAAAGAACGAUGAUCUCGAACAGCUGAAGGAACUAGGUUCUGGUACAUUUGGGACUGUGUAUCAUGGAAAAUGGAGGGGCAGUGAUGUUGCCAUUAAGAGACUAAAUAAGAGCUGCUUCACUGGGAGAUCAUCAGAGCAAGAGAGAUUGAGUAUAGAGUUCUGGCGGGAAGCUGACAUUCUUUCAAAGCUUCACCAUCCAAAUGUUGUGGCGUUUUAUGGUGUAGUGCAAGAUGGACCAGGGGGAACACUUGCUACCGUAACUGAGUACAUGGUUGAUGGUUCUCUUAGGCAUGUCUUGCUUCGAAAAGAUAGGUAUCUUGAUCGUCGCAAGCGACUAAUAAUUGCUAUGGAUGCAGCAUUUGGAAUGGAAUAUUUGCACUCAAAGAAUAUUGUGCAUUUUGACUUGAAGUGUGACAACUUACUUGUGAACCUAAAAGAUCCUGUACGGCCAAUUUGCAAGGUCGGUGAUUUUGGGCUUUCAAAAAUCAAGCGAAAUACCCUGGUUUCUGGUGGUGUACGGGGAACAUUACCAUGGAUGGCACCAGAGUUGCUGAAUGGCAGCAGCACUAAGGUAUCUGAAAAGGUUGAUGUAUUCUCCUUUGGUAUUGUCUUGUGGGAGAUUCUUACUGGCGAGGAGCCAUAUGCCAACAUGCACUAUGGAGCAAUUAUAGGAGGUAUUGUAAAUAACACAUUGAGACCCACCAUUCCAAGUUAUUGUGAUCCUGAAUGGAGAGUGCUUAUGGAGCAGUGUUGGGCUCCUAAUCCUGCGGCCAGGCCAUCUUUCACAGAGAUUGCCGGUUGCUUACGAGUAAUGACUAAAGCUGCUAGCCAACCCAAAGCACAGGGUUAUAAAGCUUCUAAAUGA